ACUUACGUGAAGUUACGUUUUCUCAAUAUAUUCUCGCUCUUUAUAUGUUUUUAGGAGAGAAUAAAAGUCUAAUAAAGAAGAAAUUUUAUCAAUAUAAACGCAGAAUUGAACCCUUCACGUUUUGACGUCAGAAUUUGAGACUACAUGGAAAUAUAUACAAAGGAGUAAACAAGAACAUUAUUGUUAUUCUACCCCCAAAUUUGUCGAUACCAAUUAUUAUUUUGGCCCUAUUCCCAAUCGUAACGAAUACUUGUCAACUGUGAUUUCGGAUAGGGUGCUAUAAAACACCCUCCCACUGAGUGGGCGGUGUACGCAGAAAGCGUGUGUAUUCAAGGUAAUCUUUCUACUCAUAUUCUGGGGAAUCGAAUUGAAAAUUGUCUGUGUGUGUUGUCGGAGUGCCGAAAGCCAGUUAUCUUCAAGCGCACUAUAUUCACACACUGAUGCUACUCGUACAGUAGUAUUACUAGUAUCUGUAUACGAGUUCUCCGUGUGAUGUUGUGUUUAAAUCACUGUUCAUGAAUAUGUUCACGAUGAGAAAUAUUGAUUCUAUUUAUCAUCCACUUUCUUUCCGGAUGUUCACGACGAGAAAAUUCAUCAGUAAGUUCGGCCAAUUCUGACGGCCGCAGCUUAAUGGACACUGACAAAAUAUAUUCAUUAACAUUCGAGAAAAGAGAAAUACGCAAAUUCUUGAAAAUUAAAGGUUUGACUCUAUAGCAAUGUAGGAUGAAAUGAUUAAUUAGAAUUAAUCAGAUAUCAAAUAUAGACCUACUAAGAUCUGAAAUGAACAGACAUAGCAAUCUACAAAGGUUUACAAUCCCAGCAAUCGAGAUAAACAAACAAUCGUCAUAUUUUGGGAUUCCGUUUCUGUUUAUUGACCUACAUCUCCCUGUACCAGUUGUGGUCAAUUUAUCAAGAAGCUUGUCAUCCUACUGAACUUGGAAAAAGAUCUGGUUACUAAGGAAGCUAUCAGAGGGUCAAAGGUCAUCCACAGAUAACCACGGCAGGUCAGGGGUCAUUAUGGAUGGGGAUCCGGUGAGGCACCCUGGAGAAAAAGAGGAACAGAAAACUUCUUGCAAAGACUGUUGUGAAAGAGUUGCCUGGUCGUCGAUCGUUGCCACUUUCAUCACAGUGAUCGGUGCCGUGUUGGUAGUCGUAUGCAUAGGCUUCAACAGUCGGCUAGCUAGACCUCUAUUCACCAAUACUUAUAUAGAAGGUGCUGUGAAUACUUGGUUCUCUGGGAUAGAGAUUGGUGCUUAUGUUGGAGUAGUGAUAAUGGUUGCUAUGGUUAUUCUAUUCUUUUCUUCUGGCUGCAUGGCAACGGGAUAUCAGAACGCAUCAACAUGGUGUGCAUUUAAUAAAGCUCAAACGGGCAGGAGGCAGCUUGCCGCUUUUAUGAUCCUGGCGUACAUAAUCAACCUGGGCUGGUAUGUAUUCUUCUUUGGUGCAUCUAUUCCUACUGUCUUCUUCACGAUGUUAAACAAUGGAGUCUGUACCAAUACAGUAUUUACCGUCUCAACCUGUCUUGAUCUUAGGCAGUUUGGUCUAGCACCUCAAAGUCUUCCUGGAUCAGUCAACAGCACAUUGAUCUGUGAUCAAAACCUUCAGGCAAUAUGUACAAGUAAUCUCGGAUCAAACUUCGUCUUAGGCGUUAUUGGAUGUGUGCUUGUGCUGAUUGGCUUAAAUCACUUCUUGAUGAGCAUAUCAGGCAACUACAACUGGUUGAGAUUACGGAAACGAAGACAAAAGAUUAUGGCUGGUAAGAUAAACCGACGAUCAGGAACGUAUGAUCUCAAUGCUAGUGCAUACACAGAUAGACAAGAGUCACAAGAUUCGAACACUCAUCUACGUCGAGUUAAUCUACAUCAUGGAUCAUCAUCUAAUAUAUUAACAUCAUCCAACACUUCUAUUCCAACCGUAGCAGCGCAUGUACCUCUAGCAGCGACGUCAACGUCGUCGACCUUCUCCAUGCCGGUAGCGACGUCGUCAAAGACCGACCCAGCCUCGAACUCGUCUUCCAUGCAGUCAUCGAAGAUCUAUAAUCAGACGUAUGGAUUCGGCGAUGGUGGAUUCGGCGAGGGUGGAUUCGGGCAGCACAACUCUGAGAGUACACGCGUCACCUUCGCUGAUGCGAAGCCGGCAUCAUCCCCGGCUCCGAGAUCGAGUUCAUCUACCGCUGCGGCACAACGUUCAACGGGAGAUGAUCUCGGUAAAUAUACAGACAGGAGCUUCGACAGUGCGAGUCGAUAUGAUCAUUUUAAUCCUGCUUUUGACGAGAAUUAUUGGGACAGUCAGCAAUAUGCUCCUCAAGAGAAAAGCACGCAUGAUAACUACUACAGCAGAGGAUAUAAUAAAUCAUCUAAAACUAAUGGUACAGCAGCAAGCUACGACCAGGGCAACUAUAAUCAAGGAAAUUUUAACCAAGGAAAUUUUAGCCAAGAAAAUGCUAAUCAAGGAAAUUUUAAUCAAGGGUUUUAUAAUCAUGAUUACGACGCGGCAGACACGGCGGGAUACCAGAUGACCACUAUGUCGUCAUACGGACAGGGUAACUCACAAUCAUUGACUCGAAAUCGUAAAGAUAUGGGAAAUAACUUUUACGAGUAUCAACUCUAGUGGCUGAUUAGCGAAUGAUAUAAUUGUAUUAUUAUUUUUAAAGAAAAACAUCUGUUUCGGAGAAUGACAGUUAAUGAAAGAAGACUAACGCUGGUAAAAUCAGAAUAAAACUAGACAAUAACUGUUAAAAAAAUAAUUAAGGUAUUUUGAAGCAAAAUAUUUAUACGGAAGCUUGAAAAUGCCAUCAACCUGACGAGAUGACUAGAUAAUUUAUUUUGCAAUGUCGACAUAAUAAUGUUAUUAGUCGACUUAUGAAAAGUUAUACGUCAACAUGGCGAGAUAAUGUAACUCGUCAUCUCGACAAGUCGAUGGCACCUUAACGUUUCCGUAUAAGUAUAGGCCCUAUGUCCAAGGUCAAGUCUUGACUCAAAAUUAUGAUCGUGAAGGGGUCAUAUCCACUCAGGCAACCUGCUCUUUACGAAUACUACGAUGUCAUAUUGCAUCGUAGUUGAAUAAAUUCACCAUAUUUUAAUGUUUCCUUUUUUUUACGGAUAUGAAGUUGGGAAAUGGAAAUUGGGGUCAACUCUUGAUUUGGAUUGAAAUAACUAUUUCACUUUUUCUCAAUCAUCAAAAUUUACAUGUAUGUAUUUCAUUCACACUGCUGCAAUUUCGUUCCAUCUUGUUCUAUUUAAGCAGGCGUGUCCGUUUUAAUGUACUGCUAAUGUUAUUGUAUUUAUGUUUGUAUAUUUUUGGUGCGUUAAUAUGUGUAUAGUUAGAUUUAAAUGAAUACGUAAUUCAAAAUUAACUUCUACGGCCAGUUGUAGUCGAUGUCUUCUUCAUUCCAUGCUUCGAUUCGAAAGAUUAUAAUCAGAUAUCUCUCAAUUCUUCCAUUUAAUUCUUAUUAAUCAUAAAUUGAUUAUUUGGAAUAAGUAUUCGUCGUCUCUUUUUUUACUCGAAAUCAUUCCAAGUAUGUUAUCAGGAAUAACAUGUAUUUCAUUAAAACGAUUGUAUUGACAUUUUCCUUACCCUCUUUAUCAGUGUGUAGAUUUAUUAACUUUUCUUAUUUUUAUUCACUAUGAUGAAAGGACGCAAAGUAAAUCUUCAUUUGUUUCUUUAUUUUAUAUUAGGAGGCCGGUCAACAUACACAGAGCAAUGUAAAAUGUUCGUCAGGAUGUAUUACCGAAACUUCCGAAAGUAUUAUCUGCUAAUAUAACUUUAUUUAUGUACAUUUUCUUGUACGCCAUUUUUAAUAAAUCCUUGAGAAAGAUACAAUUUUGACGAAA